AUGAAGACCGGUCGAUUGCUACUCUCGGUUACUGUGGGCGUGAUAACACGAGUUGAUGUAGUAGCGACGGUGGUGAGGGGGAGGGCGGUGGAUCCCGCUAUCCCACCAAGCAACCUCCACUACGAACCCAUCCACCACCUGUCUCCCCGACAAGCCCAAGAACCAGAACCCCCGCGAAGAACGACCAUAAUAACAGCCCGCACCACCAUCACCACCCGCCUGUCCUCCCGAACCCCAUCCCCUUCCUCCACAACCGAAGAUGACGAUACGACAAAAACCGAUGACACUCAAACAACCACCAGCGCGGUAGAAACCUCCACAACACUCAGCGCAACAGAAACUACCUCCCCCGCCGCCAGCGCCUCCCCAUCCGCAACCGAACCACCCCUUCCCCCUUCAGAAGAGGGAAGCGGUCUAUCCCCCGGCACAGCAGCCGGGAUAGCAGCCGGGGCAGUCGCAGCCGUCGCUCUCAUCGCCCUCAUCAUCUUCCUCCUCUGGCGCAAGAAAAAAGGCGGGAUCCGCGGUGCAGUCGUCACGGCUGAUUACCCUGACACGAUGAACAUGGUUGACAAUACCAAGCCGCAGCAAUACCCUGAACCGACCCUUCCAGGUGAUCUCAGCAGUAGGAACGGUUCUGUCACAAACGAUGACCCCUUCUUUCACAAAGACGAGUACGCAUUCGCUGCCGCGGGCGCGAGGAGGCAGUCGAGUUUCUCUCCGUCGCAGGUUGGUGUAGCGGUGGGUGGGAGUCCGGGGGGGCAGGGGCAGGGGCAGUAUGGGGCUUACCUACCCCCCCAGCAGCAGCAGCACAUUGCCUUUGCCCAGACUUCACCCGGCCAACCCCAGCAGCAGUUUGCUUAUGCCCCGAAUCAGGGAUACUACCAACAGCAGCAGCAGCAGCAGUACAUCCCCUCCUCUCAAGGCGGUGACCUCGGCGCAAACGGCGUGCCCUACCGCCCAGUAAGCGCCUUCACAGCUUAUCCUUCCCCAGGGCACCCGAUCCUCCCGGUGUCGCCCCUGACGCCCCACCGGCAGUCGCUCGGUAUGGCCUCACAGGCAUCACCGUAUUAUCCGCCGCACCCAUCACAGCCAUCCCGACCACCACAGGGCCCAGAAAAUGUUGCGAGCCCGAAUCUACCCAACUUCAUGAUACCCGGGGGCAUCAAGUCGAGAGCAAUGAGUUUCAGCGCCUCACAGCCGCAGUAUGAAGGGGAAGCAAGGCAAGAAUGGGCAGCACCACCACCACCCGUCCCAGCAAUGCCCACAGCCGUGGCUCUGACCUCACCCCCUCUCUCUCCCCUAAGGAGAAACCCUGUAUAG